AUGACAACAACCACAACCACCAUGGAUUCCUUAAGAAAACCGUCCCCUUCGGGCCCACAGCGGCUACCCCCGCCAGUAUUAUUUCAGGGUCCUCCAUCCCACAACGCCUCUAACAUUUCCCUCUCUGUACAACCAGCACCAACACUGGCAACUCCCGUCGGCAGUCAACCUCCACCACUCGAUCGGAACCAGUCCCGCAUCAGUGAUCGUGCCAACGCGGAGAAGAGAGGCUUACUCUCUCCAUUCAUCUCCAAACGUCCGUCAAGAAACGAUGUGGACGGAUCAGAUGCCAUCUGGCAGGAGAUGCAGAGUGCUCUAUCCGAGGUCGAACUGAGCGCCGUCACGAGCGAACACGUCUUCGGUGAGAAACACGCUGAAGCAUUAGAAGAUUUACGCAUGAAGCAAUUGAAACUCGCUCAGGCAUGGGCACGCAGUGAGGCAGAUGAUGAACUUGCCGAUUCCAGUCGCAACACCGCAGAUGGAGAUAGCGCUGCUCGCCGCCCUGGUUCAGUUGUCGCUGCCGAUGCCCCAUCGACUGAGAAGCAUCCAGCAGGAGACCGUUUCUUGCACACGCGUCAUGAGGAGACGGAGAAGGAUAUCAAUUUUGCGCGUAAGCGACGAGAGGCGAAUGAUCGCUACUUUGACCGCGUCAACCAAGGCGUGCUGGACGUGGUUGCAAAGCUUGAGGAGGUAUCCCAAGCCAUGCGCACUGUGGAGCGAGAGAGCAAAGAUAUCUGGAGCGAUACAGAAAGCGCGACAACAGACGAACCUUUGUCUGCUCACACAGCUUUAUAA